AUGAAGCUUCUUUUUCCCAUCUUUGCCAGCCUCAUGCUACAGUACCACGUGAACACAGAAUUCCUCAUCUUGAGAAGAUGUUUAAUGGGCUUUGGGAAAUGCAAAGACCACUGCAGCAUGGGCGAAAAAGAGGUUCAGAAAUGCAAGAAGAAAAAAUGUUGUAUUGGCCCAAAAGUGGUUCAAAUGUUAAAAAACUACAUACAAAAUGAAAUGUCCCACGCAUUUGAAGAGAACUCCCAAGAACUGCAAAAAACUGCCAAGAAUUCUAGGGCUCUACAGACAAAAUAUCAGGCUUUAUUGCUUCUCCCCCAAAUGAAAAGUACCUGGCUUUUUGUCAACAGCAGCACCAUCAGCACCUCAAACUCCAGCACUGGGAACUCUGCCACCACCAAGCCCAGGUCCUCAAGAAAGUUUACGCAAACUACCGCCACCAGAGAUGCCAAAGAAGUCAGAGCCUCAGCGCCAGCCUCCCCGCCACCAGCACCGCCACUGCAGUCGCCCACACACGACUGGCUGGAGGACACAGACCAGCUGGCAUCUUUCCCCUAA